AUGGAAGAAGACCCCGCCUUCCGCAGGGGGCGGCUCCGCUGGCUUAAACAGGAACAAACACGACUCCAAAAUCUGCAGCAACAGCAAAUUACAAAAAUUCUGCGACAGACAGGGGGCGGGACCGGAGGCCGGGCUGGGGAAGGAGGCAUGGUUCACCUGCCUGGAACGGGGCGGUUCAUUCCUCCACAUGAGUGUAAGCUGAAGUUUCCCUUUAAGAGCAACCCACACCACAGGCACUCCUGGAGCCCUGCCCACAAUAUAACCCCACCCACUGAGGAAGAAAGGAGGGAGGGGCCAAAACAUCCUUCCACUCCAAACCACAUCACUCCACCUCUGAACCACAUGGUUCCAUUAGCAAAUCCCAGUCCCGCCCAUGAGGUACCAUUGUUCAUCCUCCCAUCUAUGUUGCAGUUGCCAGUUGCCAUGGGAACCCAGCGCAUGCGCACACCCUUCAGCAACAGUCACUUCCCACAGCAGCAGCAGCAGUGGCACUACAGGAGGAACUCUGUGGACAGUUCAGCCAGUCACCAUGGACGCAGUUACCAUGGUGACAGCAACGACCAACACAGUCACUAUCGCCGACGGUCACCGAGCCCUGUGGCAAGAGGCUAUCCCCGGGAUUACUAUGGCAACCAUCUUCAGCACAACCGACCCCAGCAGUGUCCUCCCCCAUUUCUAAUGUACCUGGUUCCGCCCACUGCACACACACUGCCAAGUAACACACACUCUGAACCUGCCCAGUGGAGCUUAGGGCGGAGCCAAAGAUACACCACACCCCCUCGCCUGAGACGCCGACUUAGUGCACCUGACCUCGAGAGCAAGAAAACACCUGUCUGAGUGUGUGUGUGUGUGUGUGAGAGAGAGAGAGAGAGAGAGAGAAUAAAAGAGAGAACAACAAUAAAAAGAGGAAGCUAAAGCAAAAUUAAUGAAUGGAAAAAGAAGUGAAAAAGAAUUAACAUGUAGACAAAAGAACAAAAGAAAGAAACAACUAAAAAAAGCAAGUGAUGGAAAAAGUGAAGUAAAGAAUAAAGGAAACGGAGGAAAAAGUGGAAAAGGAAGAAACAACCAAAUAUUGAAGAAGAAAAUAAUUAAAUAAAUAAACUCAGACCUGAUGGGAUCUGAUCUUUUCUGGUUACUUUUUUUAGUGCGUGUGUGUUUCACAGGUUUGUGAUAAAAUAUCAUUCAUUCAUUCAAUAAAUAAAUAAAUAAAUAAAUAAA